AUGGUCUGGCUACCUUGGUCUUCCGGUGAUUCAAAGGACACAGCCUCCGACGGCGGCCGCAUUGCCCCGGACCGAACGAGUCGCGCACGCUGUUGGGAGGGCCGUGACGCAUUUUUCGCCUGCUUGGACAAGAAUGAUAUCCUUGACGGGAUCAAAGAAGACAAAAAGGCACGACAGAAGUGCGCGAAAGAGGUUGCGGAGUUUGAGGCGGCAUGUUCACAGAGCUGGGUGAAAUACUUCAAAGAAAAGCGAGUGAUGGAGUACAACCGGGAUAAGACGAUUGAACGGAUUCAGAAGGAGGAUGCGGCCAAGGUGCAGGAGUUGAAGUCGCAAGGCUGGAACUCCAAAUGA